GGUCAUUGUGUUAAAAACUCUUGAGUAAUGAGCUGUUUUUCCAGCACAAUUUGGUGAAAGCCCAAAAGGCUUCAGAAGUCCUUGGUUUCCACAUCAUUAGGCGUUAGCUUUCUGGUUCUGUUGCUCGUUGAUACUUGUAUUGGUUGGCUCUGGUCUUGAGAGCGGCACGCAGCCUGGGAGACCGUGCCGCCAGUCAAGCGCUGUUUAGGGCUUGAACGCCCCAAGAACAUUGCUUACAGGAAGAGGGUGCAGUGGAUGAGCAGCUGGACGCUGGUUAACGUUAGACCUAAAAACAGGGAGGGCAAUAUUGAUACAUUCUAAAUUAUGGAGUUAAGACGGACAAACCCAGCGUGCAAUUGUGUUUUACUAUGUGGAAUAACCUUAUGUCUUAUUUUCGGUAUAAAUCGAACAUUCGCUAUAGAGUUGUACGCCCCGGCGGAAGUGCUGGUUGAGAAUGGCACCACGGGGAUCCUCAAGUGUUCCUUCAAGUCCAGGGAAGUGAUCAGCAGUGCAGCCACAGUCAUCUGGUCGUUUUGCCCGGCGGGAUCCGAUGCCGGAAGCGCUGUUUCCAUUUUCUAUUACACUUCUGCAAACCACUACCCAGGGAGUGUGGCUCAAUUCAAAGACAGGGUGAAAUGGGCGGGAGACCUGAACAAAAAAGAUGCCUCAGUCCAUUUAAUUGAGGCGCAGUUCAACGACAAUGGCACCUACUCAUGUGCCGUGAUUAACCCGCCUGACAUAUCUGGCACUGCCGCUCAGACACAGCUCAAGGUCGUCAUCAAAGAGUCUCUCCCUCAAGACAACACGGCCGUCGUAGUGGCCGCCGUGUGUGGCGCCGUCAUUGGGCUUAUCCUCAUCUCUGUGGUUACCUGCCUGAUCAUCAAGAGGCAUCAAACCACCCAUGAAUAUGAAGGUCUUCUCCUGUGUGUGUCUGUGUCUAUCUUUCCAUGUCGCCUAUUUCUCUGUGCGCCAACGCUUCCUGAACUGCACAAAACAAACCUCUGGUUUGCAAACCCCUCACCCGGCGCAAAAACUAGCUGCACGUCAGUGGAGAGUGUGAGCUCCCACGCCACACGCCCGGGGGGGAAGAAACCAGAGUCCAGCUUGGAGGGCUCCAGGUGUAGCAGCCACUCCACCCCGGUCCAGGUAGGAGCUACAGGACCGGUGAUAUACGCCCAGUUGGAUCACACAGGCACCAAGAACCCCAACUCAUUCCACAAGAUGGAGCCAGUGGUCUACGCUGACAUAAGGAAAAACUGAAGAGAACUGGAGACCAAAAUGGACAGGCCACCAUAGCUCGCUGCUUUGGGAUGGGUGGGUGGGGGUUGUUUAAAUACAAGGUUAGAAUUUAUGCUGUUUUGAAAGAUUGUUUUUUUGUCAUUAAUUUGUCCUUUUGUCUGCUGAAAGCAUUCAUUGCAUGUUCAUGUGUGUGGUAAAACAGUUACGCUACCAAGGAUUAAUACAAUAAUACAACACCGAGAUUAGAGAAGCACUGUCUUCAGAAAGUAUUCAUACCCCUUGAUGUCCUCCACAUUUUAUUCUGUUACAGCCUGAAUUCUAAAUGGAUAUGUUUUUUUUGUUUUACCCAGCUACCCACAAUACCACAUGACAGUGAAAACAUGUUUUGUUAGCAAAUUUAUUGAAAAUGAAAUACAGAAAUUCUCAAUUUACAUAAGUAUUCACACCCCUCUGUCAAUACAUGUUAGAAUCACCUUUGGCAGUUAUCACAGCUGUGAGUCGUUCUGGGUAAGCCUCUAAGAGCUUUGAAUUGUACAGUAUCUGCACAUGUAUUAUUUAAAAAUUCUUACAUUUCUGUCAAGUUGGUUGUUGAUCUUUGCUAGACAGCCAUUUCUAAGUUUUACCAUAGAUUUCCAAGCCCAUUUAAGUCCAAACUGCAACUAGACCAAUCAGGAAUAUUCAAUGUCGUCUUGGUAAGCAACUCGUGUAUAUUUGGCCUUGUUUUUAGGUUAUUGUCCUACUGAAAAGUUAAUUUGACUCCUAGUGUCUGUUGGAAAGCAGACUGAACCAGGAUUUCCUCUAGGAUUUGUGCCAUUGCUUGGCUCUAUUCCGUUUAUCCCCCCCAAAACUCCCUAGUCCUUACCAAUAACAAGCAUGUUACCUGUAACAUGAUGCAGCCACCACCAUGCGUGUUACUCAGUGAUGUGUUGUCGGAUUUGCCCCAAACAUAUCUCUUUGUAUUCAGGCCAUAGUUAAUUUCUUUGCCACAUGUUUUGAAGUUUUACUUUAGUGCUUUAAACAAAAUGCAUGUUUUUGAAUAUUUUUAUUCUGUACAGGCUUCCUUCUUUUCACUCUGUCACUUAGGUUAGUAUUGUG